UGUAAUCCGAUCUGUUCAAUGUAGAAUGUUUUGUUCACGAAAUGAUCUCUCAGGAACCAGAAGCGAAGAAGAUAAAACGAUUUGAAAUUAAAAAAAAAUCUCUCGGUGUAUAAACAUGACUGCCCUUAGCGACGAUCGACCAGCUGCAACUGGUUUGGGGGGAAGUCGAUGGCUGGAAGCUGUAUGGGAGCCUGAAGCUCGUCUAUACGUUUUAUCAGGAGGUCUCGAAAUACUCGAUGUCUGCGGAGAAGGAGACCCAAGAUUAGUUUGCGCGGAUUUGGGAACAGCAACUACUAACUCGGCCAAGAUCCGAGUUUACAAGGGUGGCGAUCUGAUAAGUCAACACAAUCUUGGAGACUCUCCAUCUGGUCUCGUCGGAUUUUACUCUGAGAAUGGAGAACACGGAUCUGGUGCAUUGGCCGUUGCCGCUGGCUCGAGCGUUUACGUUUAUAAAAACAUGAGGCCCUAUUUCAAAUACUGUUUACCUCCGAUGGAGGCUCAUGCAGAGGAAAGAGAAAAGUCACUUUUUCGUUUACAGAUUUGGCACAGGGCUGGAUUAGAAGAUGAUCCGAACAUACUGCUACUGACAGAGGACUUGGAAACGUUAUUAAAAGAGCAUGGCGCGUCUGUAUUGUCACCAAGAACUUUGAAACUUCUAGGAAUGGAAUCUAAUCUCAGACCAAGUUUCGUCGAACAGUAUCGUAGAGUUCCUUUGACAAGACCUGGUGUCGCUACAACUAUUGCAACAAUCCGUAAAGACUCUUGGAACAACGUAGCCAGUAGUUAUCUUCUGAUCGGUACAGAAUCUGGUCAAAUUUUAGUUCUAGACACAAGAGCAUUUACAGUUAUUGAUAGACUCCAGUUGGGAUGGUCCCCAGUUGCGUUAGUAGGCACGGGACUUUGGGCCAAGGAGAGUCGAGUCGUUGCCGUAGGAAGAGACGGAAAGUUGGGAGCAGUCAAAAGAGGCUCUGCCUCAAAACUGUGGUCCAAAUUACCAGCGCCGGCAGUUUCGUUGUCAAUUUUGCCAGGAGAAGGUGCCGCCGUGGCUGUGAUGGAUGGAAGCCUCUGGGGUUUUUCGAAAAAGGGUGCUCGAUUGUGGAAAAUCCAACUGCCAAAUAUUCCUUUGGACUUGGUAGGGCUCCCGGUGCCGCAACGAGGACUUUCGCUGCUUGCUGUAAGCGUGGCUAGAUUCGGAGUUAGGAUUUAUGACGGGAAACACCACGUCGACACCAUAAAUACAAUGGAAGCCGUAUCCGCUAUGAAGUACGGUAGAAUGGGACAAGAAGAACGUGCAAUGACUAUGGUAACAGUUGGCGGUGGUUUGAACGUCCGCAUACUAAAAAGGACCGCGGAUUUCAGCACAUAUGUUGCACCGGAAAUGCUGCCGAACUUUGGCAGCCGUUUCACGAUACCAAAAAAGACGAGAUUAUUUGUCGAACAAACGAUCAGAGAGAGAUCAGAGGCUGUUAAGAUUCAUGAUACGUUUCACCGAGGGUUAGCAAGACUCAGAUUACACACGGCUAAAAAAGCUGUCGACGAACUUACUACGAAUCAAGAUUCUGGACCUAGUCCAGUCAUCAUCGAUGCCAGUGUUCUCGGGUUGGGACCAGACUACAUGAUCAAAAUUUGCGUUACUAACGUUUCUGAUGCUUUGUCCGAUACGGGGUUGUUCAUUGUUUGCCGUGGCGAAAAUGCCGAUGUGAAACCAAGGGUUCUUAAUCUACCGCUACUUCCAAGUACGGUUCCUAUACCCGUGAUAGUCAAAGCGAGCCCACGAAGCAUGAUAUCUGGAAAAGUGAAGAUACUUUGCUGCAAAAAGGGUAGAGUAAAACCUGUAGCAUUAACGAGCAUUAUACUGCCGGCAGUUGAAGAAGAAAUUCAGGCUUAAAUUUAUUAUUUUCCUGACUAUUUUAUUAUACUUACGUGCAAAGUUACGAUAAAUAUGUUCAAUGAAUUCCGUUCACGUCAGUUUUUCGGAAGAUACGAGAAAUUAAAGAGAUUGACGAUAAUUGUUUGGAAGUAAUAACACAUACAGUGUGUAUUUAUGUACAUAUAAAAUUAUUCAUUGUUCCGAUUAUCAGUUAUUGA